UCCUAAACCGGAGCUACUAAUCACCAAGCAAACUAUUCAGCAGAAUCGAAAGAAAAGCGAAUUAGAACCAGAACGAGUGAGGACGGAGGGCCGAUGGGGUUGACGAGGUGUGUUUGGAGCGGCUCGCCUGUUUGCCCGCUGAGUGCUGCGAAGGAAGGGUCUUGGGCGUCGGCGUGACUGAGGCAUGCCCUGUAUCAGAUUUCUCCUUCUCUUCAAAUUUCUGUUAUCCUUACCCUGUUGUAUGGUUAAUUGAAUGUCCCAGUCAAUUAGGAGGAAGGGAGGCGGCUGUUCCCUUCAUGGUUGAGGCCUGUUGCUCUCUGGUCAGAGAAUGGCAGAAGACGGCCCAGAGAAAUCAAGAGAAAAUGUAGACUCAGAACUGAUGGUCCAGCAUGCAGAGACAACUGGAGCCGGGCAAUCAGAACAUGGGGCUGUCAUCCCAAAGUGCAUUACAGAAAAAAAAUACCCCCUGGCCGUCACUCUCGUUGUCACGAUUCUGCUCAUCAUUAUCAUUGCGUUGGCUGCUCGAAAACCACAGCCUUGUUCACCGUGUCCUCCUCCUGCUGAUGCUGCCUGCCCAGACCACUGGAUUGGGUACCAUGGAAAAUGCUACUAUAAAUCUGAAGAAGAAGGGGAUUGGAAUAUCAGUGCAACCAAGUGUUCCUCAUUUGGUGCUACCUUGGCGUUGAUUGAUUCGCAGUCGGAUCUGAGUUUUUUAGUGAACUUGACCCGCCCCGUUCAUCAUUGGAUUGGCCUCUCGAGACAAACAGGCCAGGCAUGGAAAUGGCAGGAUGGCACAGAGUUUAAAAACCAGUUUCAUGUGCGAGGAGACGACCAGUGUGCAUAUACAGAUGUUCUUGGGGUCAGCAGCACCAGGUGCACCCUAGAGAAAAACUUCCUUUGCAGUCAGCCAGAUGCCUGUUCCAGGAAGAGAAAACCAAACCCCAGCAAAAAGGAUGCAUGACCUACCUGGCAUGGAAGAGGACCAAAGCCAGCUCCUGAGUGAGGCAGGAGUCAGGGAAAAGACCAACCACUCGUCACAGCAGCCUGCUCCAGAUAGUACGGUGCCUGGGUCCAGUGUUAACCCUUUCUUGCCCCGUUUCCUCUGAUCUCUGACUAUGAGAACAUUGCUGAGGGAGUAUAAUGUCUACAAAACUGAGCUGUGAAUCAGGAAGUCCUUGGAAUUGAAUCUUCCCUCUGCUGUGAACCUACUUGGUUGCUUUAGCAACCUCAGCCCCCACCCCCAUACAGGAUUGCAAAAUAAUGCACAAGAAGCCCUUUGAACCCUGUUUGUCCCUGCUCUAGAGAUUACUAUGCAUGCAUUACAGAGUGCAAACCAACAAGAGUUAGGUAUGUUUGCAUCCCAGUUUGAAGUGCUUACUGUGUCAGUGCCUCCACAUGUUGAGAACCUCUAUAUAAGAGGUGGAAAGGAAAAAGGUGGCAAGGUUGCCACCCAAAGAGAUGUCCCUUCGUUGCACCAGAAAAUGAGACAAGCUGCUUGUUCCUGCUCCUCCUCCAGGUCUUGUUGGGACCCCCUUCACAUGUAGACCUACUUGUGGGAAGAGUAGCAGAUAUCCAAGCAAGGUUGGGAGAUAAGCCCUGGUUGUCUCAAAUUCUGCUAUUUCACAGACCGAUGUUUUGAGCUGUCAUCUUUAGGUUCCUCCAAGGAGUAGGAGGAAGUAGAAGCACUUGACUGGAGAUCCCAUGAAUAUACGUGCCCUCCAGUUACUGUAGAAAGUAGGAGUGAUUGCAGUGGCAUUCCGUUGUUGUAAGCAGUUUUCUCCAAUACUGGAAGAGAACUGGGUUGAAAGAAAGUACUGAAUGCAGUAAAAAAACUGCAGAGGAGGGCAAGGGAGAGGGCAGGAUCUAGUUCCCUUCGCCCUGCACUGUGUUCUCUCUCACGUUCUUGCUCAUGUAUAACCCUUCCCCCACCACACAGACUGACUUCCAGUGUGAACAGGAAGACACACGGGGACCCUCCUAUCGCAUCUAGUUUAACCCAAAGCUGGAGAUGAGGACCACAGGGAAACAGAAUACAGCAGGCAUCCUAUGCCUGUUUGAUGUUGUUAAAUUUAGGUUUUAUGCCUGUUUGAUGUUGUUAAAUUUAGGUUUUAGGUUAGUAAUUUAUUCGUUUAUUUAUUUUCUUUGAUUUCUACCCCACCCUCCCCACAAGUGGGCUCAGGGCGGCUCACAACAUCCAUGCAACUUAGAUUCUACUUUUGUCUGGUGUUGCUGGGUACACUAAAGGGGGCGGUUGUCAGAGUGUGUGCAGGAGAUCAGAGGGUCAAUUGGACGUGGCCCUACCUAACAUAAGAACCGCCGUGCUGGAUCAGACCUAUGGUCCCAUCUAAUUCCAGCAUCCUGUUUCACACAGUAGCCAACCAGCUCCCUGCAGGGCCAACAGACUGUGCAUGGAGGACAAAGCCUCCCCCUGAUGUUCUCUCCUAGCACUGACCAAUGGAUUCCAAAGAGACCAAAGAACAUUAUUUAUAACUCCGGACCAAGAAUCAUGGAUUAUGAUGGGCAAUUUGGAGAACGGAAGCGUAAUGAAAAGUGUGACCCAAGGUGGGUGCGAAGGCAUAUUUCCCUGACAAGGACUCUUCCCAAAGAUUCCAAAGAGACCAAAGAACAUUAUUUAUAACUCCGGACCAAGAAUCAUGGAUUAUGAUGGGCAAUUUGGAGAACGGAAGCGUAAUGAAAAGUGUGACCCAAGGUGGGUGCGAAGGCAUAUUUCCCUGACAAGGACUCUUCCCAAAGAUUCCAAAGAGACCAAAGAACAUUAUUUAUAACUCCGGACCAAGAAUCAUGGAUUAUGAUGGGCAAUUUGGAGAACGGAAGCGUAAUGAAAAGUGUGACCCAAAGUAGGUGCAAAAACAUAUUUCCCUGACAAGGACUCUUCCCAAAGAUUCCAAAGAGACCAAAGAACAUUAUUUAUAACUCCGGACCAAGAAUCAUGGAUUAUGAUGGGCAAUUUGGAGAACGGAAGCGUAAUGAAAAGUGUGACCCAAGGUGGGUGCGAAGGCAUAUUUCCCUGACAAGGACUCUUCCCAAAGAUUCCAAAGAGACCAAAGAACAUUAUUUAUAACUCCGGACCAAGAAUCAUGGAUUAUGAUGGGCAAUUUGGAGAACGGAAGCGUAAUGAAAAGUGUGACCCAAGGUAGGUGCAAAGGCAUAUUUCCUGACAAGGACUCUGCCUGUAACACCUGCACAAAUGUCAGAAAUAAAUAGUGGCUUGCCAAGAAAAGCUACACCCACUGCAUUUCUGCAUAACAUGAUAUAAUUACAUUCAUACGCCUCUGACCGGAAACAAAUUGGCCUCAGUACCCUGUUGAUUGGCCCUGCAUGGCAACUGGUUGGUCGUCAUAUGAAACUGGAUGCUGGCUUAGAUUGACCGCUGGUCUGAUCCAGUGGGGCUCUUACAUUCUUUACUUGCAAUAAUGAAUGCAGCAUUGAUGAUGCCUGUCAGGUGACAGAUCUUGAGACAACUCACAUUGAAUGUUGUGUGACUUUCUUCGUAGUUGCUAUAAUAGAUAAAGCAACUCCUAAAUUUUUUUCCUCUCUGAAUCUGGACCCAGCAACGUUAAUGGAGGAUUUAGUAGGCUUAAACUUUUUCUGGCCCAGGCUGAAGAUUUUUCCAGCCUAUAGUUAAACCCACAAACUUUGCUUGUCAAUUGAAGACCAGGCUAGGCUAUAUCUAAAUUUAGGCUUUGAGCAUGUGUUCCACGGCUCUGGCUCACUCCAGUUAUUCUCUGGGUUUGAAGGGCAACAGUGAGAAGAUAUUUAUUUGUUAGCCACCAAAAGAAGAAUGCUGUGUAGUUUAGUAUGUAUUCAGCCUAGCUGCAUGAAGUUUGGGUCCAUCCGUGGUUUCAAAGAUCACAGAUCUUUCCCUUGUUUCUCUUCUUUCAGCUGUCUUUUCUAGGUGGCAGGACACAAGUGAACUAAUAACCAUGUGGGGUUGGGCAGGCUAUGUAGAGGAAGGCAAAGGGGACAAAAUCACUUCUGCUUCUCUCAGUGCUUUGCUGAUGGUAGCAGCAGGAAGAGCAAUUUCAUCCUCUUUCCCCUCUACACUGAAGUCCCCUGACUCCCAUGGUUAUUAGUCCAUGUGGGAGAAAUCAGCUGCUGUAGAGAAUGGGGGAGAAGAGCAAAGGGAAAUACCUUGCAACUUAGAUGGACCCAACCCAUUCCCUGCCAAUCACAGGGGCCACUUUAGCAUGCUGCUAUUCCUCUACUUCUAUUUCCAGCACCUAAGCAUGUACAUUCCAUGUAAAUCACCUGCCAGAAGUCCCAGCUUGUAGCUAAGAGAGUCCUGGUUCCUAUCCUGAUAACCUGGAUGUUUGCCUUAAUUUUACUCAGGUGCCUCAGCUUCUAUCAAACAACCACCAGGAAGCACUAGGGUGACCAGGAGUUAUAGGAAAGGAGAAUUUUGCCCAACACAAUUUUUGCUAUCACAGUGCUAUCAAGAUGGAAGAAACUGUAAGAGCAUGAAUUUUCUCUCCCAUAUGGCUCUCAAGGAUGCAGAAGCUUAAAGGUAUAUGACUUACCAAACCUAAGUAAAAUAGCUUCUAAUACUAUUUACAACAGGAAGUUAGCAGAUGCUGCCUGAAUUGUUUUAAUCUGAUGCUGUUUCUAUUUUGCGUACUAGAGAAUCCCGGCUCCAAGCGACGUUUACCAAAUCCUCUAGAAGUCUUGUAGCAAUCUUAUUUCAAAGAAAAAACUUGCAAGUGUUAUAUUUAUUUAACUAAGCUGCAUAUGUUACUGUGUAUUUCAACAGUGUGGUAAGGCAAUGACCUCGUUAAAAAAAAACAACAGAUAAGAUGUGUUGUGUUGAUACGUGUUGGUGAGGCAUAGAAUGUUGUUAGGAUGCCGAAAGCUGUUCUGUAUGUUGUAGAUGGAGACUUGAGCACGUCAGAGCAAAUGGCAAAAUUGUAACUGAAUAGUACACCUGAAGUCUCAAUUAUUUAUAUAGUAUUUAUUUGAAGAUUUUUAUAUAGUGUUUAGAUGAGGACAACUAGGCACAAUAGAGAAGACCGGGCUUUGUCUAUGACGUGAAGUGCAAAAGACAGAAUUUUCCGCACGAGCUUUCCAGAGGCUGAUUCUUGGGAAUCUCAUGCAUUCUUUGUGGGUUCCCUUAGAACAGACCCUUUGAAGUCACCCUAGAAAUCUGCCUCCAAGGGUACAUGGGUUGUCUCCCGGCCUGGUAUUGUCCAAGCUCAGGCCUGCCUUAUGUCAGUGAUGGAACUGCGUAUAGUGCACUGAAGACUAUUCUCGAGUAGUCUAAGAAGAUGAACAAGGUUUCCUGAAAGUUGAAGUGUCCUGUCAAGCGGAGGUUGCCUUUUUCUGUCUAUGUUGUCCCAUUUUUCUCACAACUUUGUAGGCUCUCACAUUAAGGUCCUGUGGAAAAUAUGCCCCACGUGAGACAGGCUUUGGCUUGAGACCCCUGUAUUCAUCAGUCUUUACACUGUCUCUGUCUUUUUUGAAUCUUUCACAAGAAUCUGUUGUUUUUGUCUUUGUUGUAUAAUUUAUGUCUAUAAUAUAUUUAUCUUAAUGAUAUAAUAAAAUGUGUAAAAACCCAA